AUGUUCAGCAAUGUUAGGCAUUUACAAGCCUGCUUCUCAUUUGCUUUGACCUGUCAAUUCUUGGAGGCUGUAACCGGACAGAUUUUAUACAGUGUGUCGGAGGAGGUGAAACAGGGAACCACAGUCGGUAAUAUAGCUAAAGACAUUAACCUUUCAGUAAAAGAUCUGCAAUCCAGGGGCUUCCGUAUUGUGUCAGGCUCUAAAAAGCAGUAUUUUAGUGUAAAUAUAGAGACGGGCGCUUUGCAGGUGAGCGAAAGGAUCGAUCGAGAGGAGCUUUGCGCAGGCGCAAUCUCGUGCUCCGUUAAUCUGGAAGCCGUAGUGAGCAGUCCAUUACAACUCUACCGGGUAAGAAUAAACAUUCUCGAUAUUAAUGACAACUCUCCAGUUCGAACACCCCAAAAUAUUUUGGAGAUGUUUGAAAUUGAGGCGCAAAGUGGAGAUGUCAGAAUUAAGGGUGAUACUGAUUACGAGGAGAAGGCCGCGUUUGAAAUCAGAGUUCAAGCCAACGAUAAAGGUCCAGUGACUAUGUCAGGUCAUACUAAGCUUUUAAUAGAGGUCCUAGACAUUAAUGAUAACCCCCCAGAUGUGACUGUAACAUCAUUUCUUAGCCCGGUAGAGGAAAACGCGGGAAAGGGAACAGUAAUUGCCCUAAUGAUGGUAUCAGAUCCAGACUCGGGUAAAAACGGAGCAGUACGCGUUCGCCUUGCCAGCUCCAGUCCAUUUAAAUUACAGCCAUCCUUUCAGAACUACUAUUCAUUAGCUUUAGAUGGCGUGCUGGAUCGGCAAAACGUUACAGAGUAUAGCAUCACAGUCAUUGCUGAAGACGAAGGGUCACCGCCAAUGUCCAGAGCUAAAGUAAUACAAGUGCAGGUCUCUGAUGUGAAUGACAAUGCGCCUCGCUUCCCAAAUUCUGUAGUUUAUGCAUAUCUGCGCGAAAACAGCAAAUUGGGCUCCAUUAUAUCCACAGUGAGGGCCUCUGAUGCUGAUAUCAUGGAAAAUGCACAAAUAACAUACUCUUUACUGCAAAGCUCUGUCACUGGUAGUCCUGUUUCAGCGCUCUUUAAAGUAAACUCAUUGACGGGAGAGAUCGAGAGCAUGAAGUCAUUUAACUAUGAAGAUAUAAAAACGUUUGAGUUUAAAGUUCAGGCCACAGACUCUGGUGUUCCUCCGCUCUGCAGUAACGUGACUGUAAAUGUUUUUAUCCUGGAUGAGAAUGACAACAGUCCCGGGAUUCUCGCGCCCUAUUCCGAGCUCGGUUCCGUUAACACAGAGAACAUUCCCUAUUCUGCUGAUGCGGGCUACUUUGUGGCCAAGAUCAGGGCUGUAGAUGCAGAUUCUGGUUACAAUGCGCUGCUGUCUUACCACAUCUCUGAACCCAAAGGAAACAAUCUGUUCCGAAUCGGAACCAGCAGCGGGGAGAUCAGGACUAAGAGGAGAAUGAGUGACAAUGACCUGAAAACUCACCCGCUGGUCAUUUUGGUUUGUGAUAACGGAGAGCCCUCACUGUCAGCGACUGUGUCUAUUGAUGUUGUGGUUGUUGAAAGCGCAGAUGAAGUCAAGACCACAUUCAGACAUGCGCCGAUAAAGGAGGAGAGUUUCUCGGAUUUAAAUCUGUAUUUGCUGAUCGCCAUUGUGUGCGUGUCCGUCAUCUUUUUACUGAGUCUCAUCAGUUUGCUAGCUGUAAAAUGCCACAGGACAGACAGGAGUUUGGGCAGGUACAGCGCCCCGAUGAUCACCACACACCCUGACGGGAGCUGGUCUUACUCCAAAUCUACUCAGCAGUAUGACGUGUGUUUUAGCUCCGACACACUGAAGAGUGACGUAGUGGUUUUCCCUGCGCCAUUUCCGCCUGCAGAUGCAGAACUGAUCAGUAUUAAUGGAGGAGACACUUUUACCAGAACACAAACACUUCCUAACAAAGAAAAGGUAAGAGAUUGA